GACAAUAUUUUAAGUUGCUUUAUUUUGUAUUUUACAAUUGAAAACCGUUUAGCAUUUGACUCAACGACCUUUAUUUUGAAGUUUCACUGAGCUUCUAUUAUGUCCAGCUUCACAAAGGCAUUGCUAAAGGCAUGAUGAUGUCAUCACGCUUAAUUUCCCGUCUUCCUCUAUAUGGGUGCCGGUGUCAUCAUGCCAAACUCAUUUCACAAGCUCAGGUGCUCUACAGCAGGGACCCGACACACACCGGUCGACGGAUGCGCUUCACCCUGCAGAUUCAACCUGUGUCAUUCUGCUCUGACCUUGCAUCAAGAGAAUUCAAUCUAAUGUAUGCUUUCCCAGCUAUCAAAGGCCUGCGAGCUCUUUCGAGACUCAAACUGAUGCAGACGGGCAUCACUGUGGUCUUGCUGCCCGCUGUGUAUUACCUGUACCUGCAGGGACAGGCCUCAUGGAUGCUGGUGAGUUACACCACAGGCAUAUCAGUGUUUGCUGGCUUCAUGCUGUACUCCAUAAGCCAUUAUGUCAGAAGAGUGGUGGGCAUGAUGUAUCUGGAUUCAACGCAGACCAUGCUAAAGGUGUCGCACCUGACCUUCUGGGGUCACAGGCGGGACGUGUACGUGCCCGUGUCUGAUGUCAUGACACUGGGAGAUUCAGGGGACACCAUAGGAGAGCCGAUCCUUUGUUUAAAGCGCUACAGCAGUUCUGACACUAUGUACUUUUCCACCAGACUGGGGCGAGUGGUGGACAGGAAUGCAUUCAAGAAGGUUUUCGGGAGUUUGUCAUGAAUUUACUUUUUUAGUUAAAUGUCAUAGACCACUGGAUAUUGUUUUCCAAUUGAAAAGUUGACAAAUAAAGAUGUUGUGUGUUAAAUUGAUUUUAUUUUACAUAAUUGAUGUAAAAAUGUAGUAUAGUGCCGCAGUGAGGACAUACACAGCCUUGCCCCCCAAAAAGUAGCUCUUUGGCUUUGGAAGAGUCUGUCAUUGGAUCUUUAUUGCAGUGAUUAUGAUGUUUCUAGCAGGUUAUAUAUUUGGCAACAGUUCUGCUAACCCUAACUGAUGGAGUGUGUAGCUUUUCAUUUCUUAAACAGCCAUGUAGGAAGAAUGCAUGGCUGUUUUAAAGCCCUUUGAACAGUUUGCAGUUUGCACUGAAACUCUCUUUUGGACUGUUUGGUUCCCAAUGAAGUCCAUUAUAUGGAGAAAAAUCCUGGAAUGUUUUCAUCAAAAAUCGUAAUUUCUUUUUGACCGAAGAAAGAAAGACAUGGACAUCUUGGAUGACAUGGGGGUGAGUAAAUUAUCAGCAAAAGUUUUUUUUUUUUUUUUUAAAGUGAACUACUCCUUUAAGGUGCUGCUAAAUAAAUCGUUAUAUAUAGAGUUGAAUAUACUUAAAUAUAAAUAGGCCUACUUAAAAUAAAGUAUACUGUUGAGUGAAAUACUUCUUGAAACUCAUGACUAGCUACUAGAUAAAUUUGGAGACUGGUGAGAUUGUAAUAAAUAUAUGAUGCCUGUUCCUAUGAUUCAUAGCUUAAUACAUAACCCAUACAGAUGUUUAUUGUGUUCGAGAGCAAAAGACACAGAGUAAAUCAACAAGACAGUUGAAUGAAAUUGCAUUUCAUUCCACUUUCUAUUUGUAUCUCACUUCUCGUUUGUUGAUGUAGUUACUGUCAUUAACAUUGUAGGAAACUAACAUUCAUGUAUGGGUUUUUCUGAGGAGGACAUUGGGAAGUGUUAUAAUACCAUCCAGCCACAAAUAACAAUAAUACAUCAUCACUAUCUAAGAAGACAGUAGAGGUUCUAGUAUCUGUGUACAAAUCUAUAUUGGUGAGACAAUACAUUAAAGUACAAGAAUGUUCAUGUAGGAGUUUUUUUUUUUUUUUGUACUUGACACAGUCAAGUUUUGAGACACAGUAAAGACAAACACUCCCUAAU